UUUCCCAAUGUCACCUGAAAUCAUUCCUUCUUGCUCUUAUUAGGGAAGAAGAAAGACUACUCGGCCACUGGCCUUACAUUUCCCUGCAUGGCAUUGGCACAAUUCCCAUUGGGGUUUAAUGUAUAGUUUCCAACUCUACCAAAAGAACAGAGGAGAUCUUUCGCCUUCAACCCGCCUGGUGGGAGGCUCUGAUAUUUAUUGUAAAACUUCCUGGAGAAAGAUGUUAAAGCAGAAAGAAAUUCUUUAAAAGGACGUUUCAUCCACAACAAGAAGGAACGACUGUUAAUCAGUGAACAGAGAAAUUCUUCUUAGAGAAAAGAUGGUGAUAACCAAAAUCAGACCCAGAAAUCCACAGUUCUUCAAGGUCAUCCUAAAUGGUUCUUUUCAACUUGCAAUUCCCAUUGAGUUUCGGAAAUACUUAAGAGACGAGAAGUGUGAGGAAGGUGAAGCUGUGUUGAGAAACAGUGGAAAAUCAUGGCGUGUGAAGGUUAAUGGGUUCUGUUUCAAAGAAGGUUGGGCUGAUUUUGCACGAGAUUGUCAUCUUCAUAUUGGGGAUUUUGUGGUCUUCAAACAUGAAGGUGGCUUGGUGUUUGAUGUUUCGGUGUUCGAUCGCAGUGCCUGUGAGAAAGAGUACCAACCACUACUACAUCCUCAAAAUGAAACUAAGAGGGAAGCAGGGAUGUUUGAAAGUAGAGGCAAAGAGCCAAUUCUUGAGAAGAAAAUCAAUAAAUCGAAAGGUUCAGCAAGUACUCAUUCAGGAGCACUUAAGGCAGCUGUCAAAGAAUAUGCUGCCUCUUGCAAGUUUGAAGAUCCAUUUUUUGUGGUUCCUAUGAGGAAAUUUAAUCUCACAAAAUAUACUCUGUGUAUUCCAAAGGACUUUGCAAAAUCAAAUGGUCUGACAGGAAAAAGCUUUGAAGUGAUCCUCAAAGAUCAAGGAGGUAAUGGUGGACGGUCUUGGUCUGUGCAAUUAAAACAAGAAAUAGAUGGUCGGGUGAAUUUAGCAUCUGGUUGGAAUGCGUUUGCAGUUGCGAAUCGCCUGAAGGAAGAUCAACUUUGCAUUUUCAAGCUCCUACAUGAAGAUGGGAAAUUGGUAUUUGAUGUCACAGUGGUAGACUAUAAACCUUCUGGAAGAAAAUUUCCACCACCGGCUGCAGAUGUGAGCAGCAAGGAUUGACAGAUACAUCAGGAGCCUAAGCCUAAUUAUAAAGCUUGAAAGAUGAAAAGAUCAGGACAUGGGAGCUGAAAAUCAAAAUCUACAGUACCAGAGGCGAUGUCUACAUGAAAGGUGAUUGGCAUGAGAUUUCAGUUGCACACGGCACACUAUGGAGUUUCUUUUGCGUUAAAUCUUGUUUUUGCCCUGUAGCCCGGGUUUGCAGCCAAGAAAAUGCAAUAGUUCUCUUUCUUUUUGGAUUCACAAAUACGAUUUUUGUACUUUUUCUA